CCUCUCUCCUCUCCCUCAGCUCAGUUGUUGCAGGGAUGUGCUGGCUGCCUGGACUCCUCUCCUCCUCCUCUUUGUGCUCCUUGUCUCCUCAGCGGGCAUCCAGCAGGGACUCUGUAGGAGUCUCUGGGGGAUCAGAGACUGGCUGUGAUCCUGUGAAACUGGCGGUGAAGUAGAAGGAGGAGCUUCGGUCAUGAUCGACUGGACAAAUGCAACCACAGGGGACCACCAGGAACUUGACCUGCAGCCUGUAGGACUGCAAAAGUCCGAGUGCGUCCUGGGAUUCAUUCCUGUCGUCUACUACAGUGUUCUGCUGUGUGUGGGACUGCCAGUUAACAUCCUGACUGCGGUGGCUUUGUGCAGACUAGCUUCCCGCACCAAGAAGCCUCUCUACUACUACCUGUUGGCAGUGACGGGCUCAGACAUCCUCUCACAGCUUUUCAUCAUCUUCGUGGGCUUCCUGCUGGAGACGGCUGUUUUCCACCGCGACGUCCCAAAAGUGCUGCUCCAAGCAGUCAGUGCGGCGGAGUUUGCCGCCAACCAUGCCUCCAUUUGGUCCACUGUACCGCUCACCGUGGACCGCUAUGUAGCGCUGUGCCACCCUCUCCUACAUCGACAGAUCAGCUACGCGGCACGAGCCCGGAGGAUCAUCGCAUCGGUGCUGGCGCUGUCACUAGCAUCAGGCGUGCCUUUCUUCUGGUGGUCAGACAUGUGGAGGAACAGCCAUCCGCCCACGGUGCUAGACUCUGUCCUCAUAUGGACUCAUGUAACUAUCAUCUAUUUCCUGCCCUGCAGUAUUUUCUUUGUGCUGAACUCCUUGAUAAUUCACACCCUGCGGGUGAGAAAGAGGCAGCAGCCCUGUCAGGAAGAGCCCCGGCCUGUGCGGCGAUUCGGGAAAACCACGGCUAUGUUGCUGGCUAUAACGUCUGUUUUCUCUGUCCUCUGGGCGCCCAGGACUGCGGUGGUCAUCUACCACCUGUACGUCUCCUCAGUUCACAGAGACUGGCGCGUCCACCUGGCCUACGACCUGUCCAACAUGCUGGCCAUGCUCAACACAGCGGUCAACUUCUUCCUAUAUUGUUUUGUCAGCAAGCCCUUUCGUAACGUGGUGCGGGACGUGGUGUUGCUCAGGAGUUGGCCGUCGUACUCUCGCCACACCGCUCCCCAAAACCAGACCCCCAACAACAACUCUAUAUCCUCUCUUUACAGUGGGAACAACAAGCGUUCACAGCGGGACUCCACCCCCUUAUCACCUCACAGGGCAAGGAAGCCCUCAUGACCCCCCUACCCCUAAUCAAAAACACCCGCCGUCCCACGGUCCCAGUGGGAACCCCAGGGACGAACUCUGCGUUCCAGCUGCAACCGUGGACAGCAGCCAGUCAGGCCUGGAGCCGUCUCCACAGAGCUGAACACUCAAGCUUGUUUUGUCUUCUGUGACCUGCUGUUUCUGGUUGAUCUAAAUCAAAGCAGAUAUUUAUUUUUCUCCAUAAGAAUUUGAUAAAAUAAAGGAAGGCUUUUUCCUUUUUUAUACAUGACAAUAUUGUGAGUUCUUUAUGUUAUUUCAGUGAUAGUGAAGGUCAAUAUUUCCGUAAAUUCUGUUGGACAGUGAAAAUUCAUCUAGAAUAUUUGUGUGUGUUUUUGUCUUCUAUUUUAUC